AUGCCAAGAAGAAAAACAAUUGAUGAUGAGGUUGAUGAAACAUAUGAAGAUGAAUAUGAUAGUCAAUCCUCAGAUAAUGUUUCGGAUCUAGUUGAAGAUGAGGAUUCUACACAAUCAUCAAAACAAUCACGAAAUGAACCAACACAAAGUGGUCCAAAAAAGAGAGGAAGAAAACCAAAAAACGAAUCUGGAGUUAAAACAACAAAAACUAAAAAAGCACCAACUGGUAGACCACGUGGAAGACCUAGAAAGAAUCCUAUUCCACCUUUAACAGUUAAAAAUGAUUCACCAACUCCUUCUUCACCUUCUGGUGGUGUUGGUGGUAGUGGUGGUGGAGAAAAUCAAUUUGAUAGUCUUUUAUCACUUGGGCAAGCAGCUCUUUUAGCUUUAACUACAGUAUCUGAUGUUAAAACUGAGGAUGAUAAUUCUUCUACAGUACCUUCUUCUCCAGCAACACCUUUAUAUCCUUUAAAAAAACGUUUUCUUGCUCAGUCAAAUGUAACUCCAACUCUGGAAAAGGAAACUUUGGUUGUUGAAAAAGUGGAAAAACCUGAAAUUAAACAACAGGCAGUUUGUUCAUCACCUGCUCAACCUGUUAAAAGAAGACCAGGUAGACCUAGAAAGGAUCAACAGACAACACCUCAAAUUAUACAACCAUCAUCAAUACAUGAAACAAAAGAAUCUCACAAGGAUGAAUCAGAUGCUAAGAAAAUGACAAGUAGACAACAAAUAUUAUAUCUUAAAAAAUUAGAAGAGAAACGAGAAAGUGAUUCUGAUGAAUCAACUCAUGAAAAGGAAAAAAAUAAUUACAAUGACAAGGAAGAUGAUAUAUCUCUAGAAUUUGACAGUGAUGAGUCUGAAGAGGAAAAAAAGAAACCUAAGAGAAAAGUUUUGAAGAAGAAGGCUUAUUCUUCUCCAUGGAUGAAAGUUGAGAAAAUAACUGUCAAACACAAAGGAAAAGUUAUUGGAAAUUUUGAUGUUUCUCUUUUUGGAUCUGAAGAAUCUUUUACACUUGAUGUUGGUUCAACAAUUGAUGUUGGUAAAUUAUCAUUAGAAAAGGCUAAAGAUAUGGAUUAUUCCUCUUUUUAUAUUUUAUCCUUCUCAUCGAGGAGUAAAUCUGAAGAAGACAAACUUGAAGAUUUAUAUAACACUUUAGAAAGAGAUGAUUAUGUUGGCAGUGUUUCUUUUGAUGAUAGAGUUUUAUUACUUAUACCUAAAAAGAGUAGAUUUACAAAACCACUAGGACUUUAUGAAAUACAGGAUGAACCAAAUAAGUUUAUUGGAGGUUUAUUUAUGAAAGAAGUACCAUCUAGUCCUGAAAGAGUUUCUAAAAAGAAAUCAAAAUCAUCUUCUAGUGCUUUUAUUAGCACACCUAAGUCACCUAUUUUAUUCACAUCUGGUAUGGAUGAAGAUUUAAAGAGAAAUCAACUUUCUCUCAUGUCAAUACCAAAAAUUCCUAAGAAUAAGCAAGUAAGCAGCAAUAGUGGUGCAAGUGGAGAUAAUACUCCAGUUGAAGAUGUGAAACCAGAGUCUAUUUCAUUAACAACAACAACACCAAUUUCUAUACCUCCUCCUAGUUCAAACUUUACCACCUCUCACAUCAACACACCAUCAUCAUCUAUUAAUUAUCCUCCUCAAAUUGAUAAUAGAAAUAAUGCCUUCUCAAAUGUAAUAAGACUUCAAAACUCCAGUACUCCACUUCAAUCGAAUCAAGUUUAUACUUCAUCGAUGUAUAAUAUGUCUAAGAAUCCAGAAGUUAAUACAGGUUUGAUUGUGACUCCAAAUGGUCAUUACGAUAAACCAAUGGUUGAACCUCCUCAAUCAUCUUAUCCAUCAACAAUGAAUAGCGGUAGAUAUCAAGACACAGGUUAUUCAAUGCAAGAUCAAUAUCAUUCUUCCAAUUAUUCUCAUAUGCAACAAAAUAUUCCAUCAAGUUAUUAUGAUAAUUAUGAUAAUGAUUUAAAGAGAAAGAGAAUGCAAAAUUUCAAUGAUCCUAAUCGAACUGUAUCUCCAAAGAGAAGAAAGAGUGAUGUUCCAUAUCAUUCACAAUAUUCCUAUCAACAACAAUCACAUGUUGUUGAUCAACAUUCAAUACCAUCUUCAACCUCUUCACAACCACCACCACCAAUGGAUAUGUAUAGAUCCUAUCCUCCUCCUCCAUCCAAACCACAACCACCACCACCAAUAACAACAACAACACCAACUACUAGUAUUCAACCUCCACCUCCACCACCUCCACCUACUAAUUCAUCUGCUACUUCAGUUGUACCAAAUUCAAAUCAAACUCAUUCAUAUAGUUCAAGAUUUAAUCAAUCCUAUACUCAUAAUUCAUAUCAACAAUCAAUUCCUCCACCAAGAAGAACUGAUACUCAGAAUACUAAUAAUUAUGGAUAUAAUUCUAAACCUACUUAUAAUACACCUCCUUCCAAACAACAACAACAACAAUAUUACAAGAAUGAUGGAGAUUAUGAUAAUUAUGAUCGUCAACGUUCAUAUAAAAAGUAUGAUGAUAGAUAUCAAGGAAAUGGUGGAAUGAAUUCUUAUUCAAGAAGAACAGAUUACAUGUCUUAUGAUAAUGAUUAUUUCUAUAGAAAAUCUCAUUAUGAUAAUUCAAGAAGAUAUGAUUCAACUUCAAGCACUGCAAUUCCACCACCACCUCCACCACCACCUGAAACACCAAAAGAUGUUUCAAUUGGAAAUGAUAAUCGUACUUCUCCAAAUGAAGUAGAUGAUUAUAAUGAUGUUGGAUUUGAUGAAGCUGCUGAACCAACAAGACAUUUAUGGGUUGGUAGAUUCCAUAAUAUGAAAAUGGAUUAUUCUACAAUUUAUAGUGAUUUUGAAAAGUUUGGACAAAUUGAUAGUUUGAAUUUAUUACGUGAUCAAAAAUGUGCAUUUGUUAAUUUUGCACUUGUUAAAGAUGCAGUAAGAGCAAAGAAAGAGUUGGAAGGAACUAAAAAGUACAAAAAGAUUGCCUAUCAAAGAAGAGAGAAAAAGACAAGUUAUUCUUCAGAUUAUAAGAAGGGAAUGAUGCCAUCAUCAUCAUCAUCUUCUUAUGGACAACAGAGGAAUGAUCAUAAUAAUAAUAAUAAUGGAUAUCAUAAUGAAUCAUCAUAUCAUUAAAAUAAAUUAUCUCUUUAAAUCUUUG